UCCCGGGAGGAGCCGGGGGCCCGGACUCUGCAAAUUCUGAGCUCUCAUCAUGGCGGCGGCGGCGGCCGCGGCGGCCGUCGGGGGCCCGCAGCCGCCCCAGCCGGAGGCGCCGGCUCAGGGGCCGGCUUUAGACAAGGCGGCCACAGCCGCUCACCUGAAGGCCGCUCUCAGCCGGCCGGAUAACCGUGCGGGCGCCGAGGAGCUGCAGGCGCUGCUGGAACGGGUGCUGAACGCCGAGCGGCCGCUGGCCGGGGCUGCGGGCGGCGAGGAGGCGGCGGGCGGCGGCGGCCCGGGCGAGGCCGAGGAGGAUGCCCUGGAGUGGUGUAAGUGCCUUCUGGCCGGCGGCGGCGGCUACGAGGAGUUCUGCGCGGCCGUGCGGGCCUACGACCCCGCGGCGCUCUGCGGCCUGGUCUGGACGGCCAACUUCGUGGCCUACCGCUGCCGGACGUGCGGCAUCUCCCCCUGCAUGUCGCUGUGCGCCGAGUGCUUCCACCAGGGCGACCACACUGGACACGACUUCAACAUGUUCCGCAGCCAGGCCGGGGGCGCCUGCGACUGCGGGGACAGCAACGUAAUGCGGGAGAGCGGGUUUUGCAGAAGACAUCAGAUUAAAUCAAGUUCAAAUAUUCCCUGUGUCCCCAAAGACUUACUGAUGAUGUCUGAAUUUGUUCUUCCAAGAUUCAUUUUUUGUCUUAUUCAGUACUUAAGAGAAGGCUAUAAUGAACCAGCAGCUGAUGUACCAUCAGAGAAAGAUCUGAACAAAGUCCUUCAGCUUUUGGAGCCUCAGAUUUCCUUUUUAGAAGACCUGACUAAAAUGGGAGGAGCAAUGAGGUCUGUUCUUACUCAGGUGUUGACAAACCAACAGAACUACAAAGACCUGACUGCUGGUCUUGGAGAAAAUGCUUGUGCAAAGAAAAGUCAUGAGAAGUACCUUAUAGCUCUGAAGAGCUCUGGACUCACAUAUCCUGAGGAGAAGCUGGUGUAUGGGAUCCAGGAACCAUCUGCUGGUACUAGCACUCUGGCAGCUCAAGGUUUUGCAGGUGCUACUGGAACUCUGGGGCAGAUAGACUCUUCAGAUGAGGGAUAUGAGAGUUCAUUGCGUGAGACUGAUGAAGUUGAAUUCCUGAGAAUUAAUUCCCAAGAAUUCAGUGAGGAUCAAUCCAUAAUGGAUGUUUUGAAACAUAAAAGUUUUUUAGAAGAACUAUUAUUUUGGACAAUAAAGUAUGAAUUCCCACAGAAGAUGGUAACUUUCUUACUCAAUAUGCUUCCAGAUCAAGAGUAUAAGGUUGCUUUUACAAAAACAUUUGUUCAGCAUUAUGCUUUUAUUAUGAAAACACUGAAGAAAAGUCACGAAUCAGAUACAAUGUCCAACAGAAUUGUGCAUAUUAGUGUUCAGUUGUUCAGCAAUGAGGAGCUAGCCAGACAGGUGACAGAAGAGUGUCAGCUCCUGGACAUCAUGGUCACUGUGUUGUUGUACAUGAUGGAGAGCUGCCUCAUCAAGAGUGAGCUGCAAGAUGAAGAGAACAGUUUACAUGUAGUGGUGAACUGUGGAGAAGCCUUACUGAAGAAUAACACCUACUGGCCUCUUGUCAGUGAUUUUAUUAAUAUUCUUUCUCAUCAAAGUGUGGCACAGAGGUUUCUGGAGGAUCAUGGCUUGUUAGUUACAUGGAUGAACUUUGUGUCUUUCUUUCAAGGUAUGAACUUGAACAAGCGAGAGCUCAAUGAGCACGUGGAAUUUGAGUCUCAAACCUACUAUGCUGCUUUUGCUGCUGAGCUGGAAGCCUGUGCACAACCGAUGUGGGGGCUUUUAUCACAUUGUAAAGUUAGGGAAACUCAAGAGUAUACCAGGAAUGUUGUAAGGUACUGCCUUGAAGCUCUUCAAGAUUGGUUUGAUGCUAUUAACUUUGUAGACGAGCCAGCUCCUAACCAAGUCACUUUUCACCUGCCACUGCACCGCUACUAUGCUAUGUUUUUGAGUAAGGCUGUGAAAUGUCAAGAACUAGAUUUGGAUUCACUUUUACCGGAUCAGGAAAUGUUAAUGAAACUAAUGAUUCACCCACUCCAAAUUCAAGCCAGUCUUGCUGAAAUUCACAGUAACAUGUGGGUAAGAAAUGGUCUGCAAAUCAAAGGACAAGCCAUGACCUAUGUCCAGUCUCAUUUCUGUAACUCCAUGAUUGAUCCAGACAUUUACUUAUUACAGGUCUGUGCUUCUAGACUUGACCCAGACUACUUUAUAUCAUCUGUCUUUGAAAGAUUUAAGGUGGUGGACUUACUGACCAUGGCUUCACAGCACCACAAUAUGGUGCUCGAUGUGGAGCACGAGCGGUCGAUGCUAGAGGGCGCUCUCACGUUCCUCGUGAUUCUUUUGAGUCUUCGUUUACACCUAGGGAUGUCUGAUGAUGAGAUUCUCAGGGCAGAGAUGGUAGCCCAGCUGUGUAUGAACGACAGGACACAUAGCUCUUUGCUUGACCUCAUCCCAGAAAAUCCCAACCCCAAAAGUGGCAUUAUUCCUGGAAGUUAUAGCUUUGAAUCAGUUUUAUCUGCUGUAGCGGACUUUAAGGCUCCUGUUUUUGAACCCGGAGGCUCUAUGCAACAAGGCAUGUACACUCCCAAAGCUGAAGUCUGGGAUCAGGAGUUUGAUCCCGUCAUGGUUAUUCUUCGAACUGUUUACCGCCGAGAUGUGCAGUCUGCAAUGGACAGAUACACAGCAUUUUUAAAACAGAGUGGAAAAUUCCCUGGCAACCCCUGGCCUCCGUAUAAGAAAAGAACAUCACUCCAUCCCAGCUAUAAAGGUCUUAUGAGACUUCUGCACUGUAAGACUUUACACAUUGUGCUCUUCACUCUGCUUUACAAGAUUCUGAUGGAUCAUCAAAAUCUGUCUGAGCAUGUGCUGUGCAUGGUAUUGUAUCUGAUAGAGUUAGGCCUGGAGAACUCUGCUGACGAUGACUCUGAGGAAGAGGUACCAAUGGGUGGACCAGAGCGAUGUCAUGACAGUUGGUUCCCUGGCAGUAAUUUGGUAUCAAACAUGCGGCACUUUAUAAAUUAUGUUAGAGUGCGAGUCCCAGAGACUGCUCCUGAGUUGAAAAGGGAUUCCCUCGCCAGCACGAGCUCUGAUGCUUUGGGCUCUUUACAAAAUUCUGGUACAGCUCAAGUUUUCAGCUUAGUAGCAGAGCGUAGAAAGAAAUUUCAGGAGAUCAUCAAUCGCAGCAACAGUGAAGCAAAUCAGGUGGCUCGGCCCAAGAUUCCAAGUAAAUGGUCAGCUCCUGGUUCCUCUCCCCAGUUAACCACAGCCAUUUUGGAAAUUAAGGAAAGCAUAUUGUCUUUGCUAAUAAAACUUCACCACAAACUCUCAGGAAAACAGAACUCUUACUAUCCUCCAUGGCUUGAUGACAUAGAAGUUUUAAUACAGCCAGAAGUUCCCAAAUACAAUCAUGGAGAUGGUAUAACUGCUGUAGAAAGAAUUUUGCUAAAAGCUGCUGUGCAAAGCAGAAUGAACAAGCGCAUCAUUGAGGAGAUAUGCAGAAAAGUGACCCCUCCUGUGCCACCCAAAAAAAUCACUGCAGCGGAGAAGAAAACUCUGGACAAGGAGGAAAGGCGACAAAAGGCUAGAGAAAGGCAGCAGAAAUUGCUUGCAGAGUUUGCCUCACGACAGAAAAGCUUUAUGGAAACUGCAAUGGAUGUUGAUUCUCCUGAGAACGAUAUUCCUAUGGAAAUUACCACAGCAGAGCCGCAAGUUUCUGAGGCUGUGUAUGACUGUGUUAUUUGUGGACAGAGUGGCCCUUCUUCUGAAGACAGACCUACAGGACUGGUUGUGCUGCUACAAGCAUCCUCAGUUUUAGGCCAGUGCCGGGACAAUGCUGAGCCAAAAAAGUUGCCGAUCACUGAAGAGGAGCAGAUUUACCCUUGGGACACAUGUGCAGCAGUUCAUGAUGUGAGGCUUUCAUUAUUGCAACGUUAUUUUAAAGAUAGUUCUUGCCUUUUGGCAGUAUCAAUUGGCUGGGAAGGAGGUGUUUAUGUACAAACUUGUGGCCACACGUUGCACAUAGAUUGUCAUAAAUCCUAUAUGGAGUCAUUACGGAAUGACCAGGUUCUUCAGGGCUUCUCAGUGGACAAAGGAGAAUUCACGUGUCCCCUCUGUAGACAGUUUGCCAACAGUGUUCUUCCAUGUUAUCCUGGAAGCAAUGUGGAAAAUAACCUUUGGCAACGCCCUUGUAACAAGAGCACACAAGAUCUCAUAAAGGAAGUGGAAGAGCUGCAGGGACGGCCGGGAGCUUUCCCAUCAGAAACCAACUUAAGUAAAGAAAUGGAAUCUGUAAUGAAAGAUAUAAAAAAUACCACUCAGAAGAAAUACAGAGACUAUAGCAAGACCCCAGGCUCACCAGACAAUGAUUUUCUCUUUAUGUACUCUGUUGCUAGAACCAAUCUGGAACUGGAACUGAUUCAUAGAGGAGGCAGUCUCUGCUCGGGCGGUGCAAGCGCAGCGGGGAAACGAUCCUGUUUGAAUCAGCUGUUCCAUGUAUUAGCUUUGCACAUGCGGCUUUAUACCAUUGAUUCUGAGUAUAAUCCAUGGAAAAAACUCACCCAGUUAGUGGAAGAUAUGAAUUCACAGGUGGGGAAUGAAGACCAGCAGCCAGAAGUUCCAAUCCUUUAUCAUGAUGUGACAUCCCUUCUGCUUAUCCAGAUCUUAAUGAUGCCACAACCCUUACGUAAAGAGCACUUCACCUGCAUUGUGAAAGUACUCUUCACGCUGCUGUACACACAGGCCCUGGCAGCACUCUCAGUUAAGGGCACUGAAGAGGACCGGUCAGCCUGGAAACACGCUGGAGCUCUUAAAAAGAAUACAUGUGAUGCAGAAAAGUGUUAUGAAGUGCUGCUGAGCUGUGUUAUAAGUGAGCUAUCUAAAGGGAAGUUAUAUUAUGAAGAAGGCGCUCAGGAGUGUGCGAUGGUCAGUCCUAUUGCUUGGUCUCCUGAGUCCAUGGAAAGAUACAUACAGGAUUUCUGCUUACCUUUCCUCAGGGUCAGCAGCCUUCUUCAGCACCACCUCUUUGGGGAAGAUUUACCCAGUUGCCAGGAAGAAGAAGAAUUUUCAGUCCUUGCCAGCUGCCUGGGACUUCUGCCAACUUUUUACCAAACAGAUCACCCAUUCAUCAGUGCCUCAUGUCUGGACUGGCCAGUUGCAGCGUUUGACAUUAUAACUCAGUGGUGUUUUGAGAUAAUAUCAUUUACGGAGAGACACGCAGAGCAAGGAAAGGCCUUGCUUAUCCAAGAAUCAAGAUGGAAGUUACCACACCUGUUACAGUUGCCUGAGAAUUACAACACUAUUUUUCAGUACUACCAUAGAAAAACCUGCAGUGUCUGCACCAAGGUUCCUAAAGACCCAGCUGUUUGCCUCGUCUGUGGCACUUUCGUAUGCCUGAAAGGCCUGUGCUGCAAGCAGCAAAGUUACUGUGAAUGUGUGCUGCAUUCUCAGAAUUGUGGUGCAGGAACAGGAAUUUUCCUCUUAAUCAACGCGUCAGUGAUUAUCAUCAUCCGAGGCCACCGCUUUUGCCUCUGGGGUUCAGUCUAUUUGGAUGCUCAUGGAGAAGAGGACCGGGACCUCAGGCGAGGCAAACCUCUCUACAUCUGCGAAGAGCGGUACCGAGUGCUCGAGCAGCAGUGGGUUUCCCACACUUUUGACCACAUCAAUAAAAGAUGGGGUCCGCACUACAAUGGGCUGUGACACACACCUCAGCAUUGCAUAUAUUAUCAUUUUCACUGAGAUUGAUUUUCAUCAACAAUAAGCUUUAAUUUAAUUUGGGGGGAUUGAUGUCUUUGCUGAGGGAUAAAAAGAGAACAUACAUUAUGCAGCCUUCCCAAAAUUAGGUGCUUGGUAACCACAGUAAUGGUAAAUAUUUUUUCUCAAGUAUCUGGACAACAAAUAAUUUAAAUCAUUCUUUAGUGGUCAUUUUUUAAGUGCACAAUAAUAAAAAGCACAACUGUCCACAAAAAUCAUUGAGAAAUGAUUUUCCCUAUAAUGCCUUUAUUGGUUGUUCCCUGACAGAGAGGAUGUGAUUUAUUUCAAGUUUUACUGCUCCUUUUGUGUUUUAAUUUGCAUCUGCUAAACAUAAUGCAUCUUUUCCUUUGUCAUCCUUGUGUUGAUUUGAGAUUUUCGCUGUAUGUAAUUAGAAACAAAUGUAAAACAUGAUUUAUGUGAAAUAUUGUAUAGUAAAAAAUUGGUCUAAUAGUAGAACUUUAAAUUUUUUUCUUAUCGUGAGGAAUCUGUUAAAGCUUAAGGCUUUGCUGAAAACUUAAUUCAUUCUCAGGAAUUUCAUAAAUGCUUUCCCCAGGUAAAUAAUUGAACUAGCUGUAAAAUAUAGUGCAUUAUAGUGCAGUGCACAGGGGGAGGGGCAAAGCAUAUGUGUGGUGGGGAGGUCCUUAAAAAUAAAUAUUUGUGGGCCGAGGGUGUAGCUCAGUGGUAGAAUGCUUACUUAGUUAACAUUUGCAGAACCCGAGUUCCAUCUUAAGCACCACACACACAAAAUCAAUUUGCCAUUUCAACUAAAUGAAACUAAGAGUUGUUAGUGACGAGUAUAUGUUACAAUAAAAUCAAAAGGGUUAAGAACAUAUACAUGGCAGAGUUUUGAUUCUGUGCAUGCCCACCUUUCCUUACCGACCAAGCCUUUAUUUAUAUGAUCAGAUUGAAAUGCUCAUCUGUCCAGUACAUGAACGCUAAGUUCUGGGACUCUCCUCACUGACUGAAGAAGCUUCCCUGUGCUGGGUUCCUGCAGCAUCACUGAUGUUUCUGUGCGCUUUCCCACAGCAGAAAAGGCUCAGAGGCACUGACCCUGGGAGUGAGCCGGGCUUCUGCUUUAGACAUUGCUGUGAAGAUCAGCUGAUUGGGGGAGGGGGUCAUUCAGAAUGGGAAUGAGUGAGCUAAAUCCACUUAGUAAGAGGGAAAGAAGAUGACAGAAAAACAUAUUUUAUUGAUACCAAGAUUUUUUUCCAGGUGAUUGAAUAAUUUGAUGAUUAUUUCACAUAUAGUACUAUCAAGCAAUUCCUGGUACUUUGGAUUUCCACGGCUUGUUAUAUAAAAUUACAUUUUUUUUUACUUGUAAAAGUAAACAACAAAACAUUGAAUGAGAAAAUAUCAAAGUAACAUUGAACCCAUGUUCUAAAAUUGUUUGACGACGGCAUUACAGACUAUGAAAUUAACAUAAAACCGUGGCUUUGCAUUAAAAUAUGGGAAACAGAGUAGUAUAUACACAGAUGCGUUCAGAACGCCAGAAGAUUGCCUGGAGCAUUUUAAGAAAAUAUUCGGGAAUAGCUUGCUAUUUUUAUAUACAUUUCCAAAACGGUGAGAUAACUUUGUUAAGAGUAGAAUGACUUGUUCAGGUAAAUCCCUGCCCUUCCUACACCUGCUCUCUAAAUGCUGUGCUACAAGCUCAGCCUGCUACCUUUUUUGCUUCGGUCAUUAUAAAUAGCAGACCAUUUGUAAGUGUGGUUGAAGAGCAAAAUGCUAAUUACAUCUCUAGUAAAUACUGUUACAGGAUUCAUGAACUUGAGUAAUUUUACAGUUUGGAACUCUGAUGCUAUAUAUACAUGGUAUAAUGUAUUCAGACUUUGAUCACUACAUAUUUAAAUGGAAUGUUUAUGGUUGUGCAUAUGGAUGUGAAGUGAAAAUAUUAGCCUUAACUUUAAAAUUUGGAUAUUUGAUAGUGUUUAUUUUGAUAUUGGUGAAUUAGUCACCAGUAAAUUUUAAAAAAAGCACUUGGUUGAAAUUGUACUUGAAUAAAUACAUGCAUGCUGCUAAAUUAGAACCUCCAUUCCCCUAACUUUUAUAAGUCCCAUUUAUAAACCUACUUUUAAAAUAACAGGUCCAAGUUAGAGUGAUGUGUGUAUAUUAUUCAAAAACAUGUACUGGUGUGAUCUUGUAUGAAUGAUCAUUUAAAUACAGUACAUUACUGUAGAAGCGAAAUCAACCUUUAUAAUUAAGCAGAAAUUAUAAAACUAGGAAUAAUUGACGUUGUAAGAUAUGUUAAUAAAACCUACUGUCAUUUGCUUUGUGCAAGAUCCUUA